GCCCACAGCUGUCUCUUCUCCAUCACUUUCCCCAACCCAGGCAUGCUGUCACGGGUGGGGCUGAGCUGGGCAGGGCAGCCCUGCAUUGUAUUCAGUGAAGCUGUUGGCUCCAGCAAGCAAAUUCAGCCAGAGAUUGAUGCUGAGAAGCAGUUCUGACUGGUGAAGAGGGAGCAAGAAAGGUGCAAGCCUAGAGCCCAGGUUGCCUUCCAGCCACUCACCAGGUCAUGCCUGCCCCACUGCUCCCACUGCUGCUGCGAUCCCUGCUCUCCCGACUGCUGCUGCCCGCCGCCCGCCUGGCCCGCCAGCACCUGCUGUCCCUGCUGCGCCGACUCGCCCGCCGCCUGGCCGCCCAGGACAUGAGAGAGGCUUUGCUGGGCUGCCUGCUAUUCGUCCUCAGCCAGCGACACCCGCCGGAUGCAGGGGAGCCCUCCCGAGUGGCCCACCCAGAGAAGAGGGAAAGGCUAGCCCCCUCAAAGUGAGGCCAUGAGUCCUGGAAGCUGCUGUGUCCAAUAAAAUGCUCUCUUUUGGAGUAGGACAUCUUGGCCCUGUCACUGACCACAGCCUGUCCCAGUGGGCAGGAGACAUGAUCAGAGGCUGAGUGUGGGGAGCCUGACCAGGCUAUGGGUCCCCACCCCCUCCUUUCCUCUCCCAACAAUGUCUUCUGGAAGGAUGCCCUGUGUCUAGCGGAAAACUGAUCAUCAGCUACUGCUCUGCAGUUCCUCCUGAGACCUAAUCACAUCUGGCCUCAGUGGAGAGGGGAACUGUCUCCCCAGCCAAAUGGGGACAUCCAGGUCCCAUGAGGGACAAACCUUAACCCAGGAACAACUGGGAAUUAAGCUGAGAGGCAAGAUUUCAGUCCAGACUUUUGUCUUCAGCCUUAAGAUAAUAAAACCUUGAUUCCCUAGGGAGGCAGACCUACACCCCCACCCCCCACAGCCCAGCAUAUAGUAGGUGUUAAAUAAAUGUUUG